AUGGGUAAGGCCUACAGUCGGGUCCCACAGCGGUUGAAUUUGCCAGAGUUUCAGGUGCUCCACAAUAAGGUUACACCUAUUGCUCUAGAUCUCUUGAAAGAGCAGAUCUCACUUGCCAAAAAUGAGCAACAAUAUAGGCCUGGCUGCACAGGUUCUUUCACAAAGAAGUAUGGUUUGCCAUGUUGCCACACCCUCCACCAGCGUGCCCACCGGUCAGCUCAAAAUGAGAUAAAUAUAACCUUUGAGGAGAUUCAUCCUCACUGGCACUAUUACCCACAAAGAAGCAGCAUUCAAAUACUGUCUGCUGUCGUGCCUCGUGAUCCUGCAACAGUCAAGGGCAAAGGCCGCCCAAGGAAGCAGAAAACAUGCACUCAAAACAAUAACUCAAUGACCUCUAGGCCCUCUGCCCUCACCGACAGCCAGAGAGAGCCUUCCAGCUUUGAGAUAGUUGCAGCAACCCAGGUCACAGCUACUCAGCUCUCUCACACCUCUCACACUCCAGGUAAUGGCCAUGCAGUUGAUGGAGGUCAAUCUUUAGGUGUACUCACUGUAAAUUCUACUGUUAACCCUACCCUUGGCAACACCGCCAGUCAACCUAUUGAGAUUGGCAAUUCUACACCUGCUGCAACUUACCAGACUGUGAUUGCACCGACCUCUACAUCUACAGGACCUGCAGGUCUCUCACAGGUCAAUGAAGAGGUGGGUAUAGCUCUAGCAGGCAAAAGGAAGCGUGGAAGGCCUCUUGGCUCGAAAGACAAGCAGCCGCAUAAGUACAAGGCCUUGCCUGCAGUUCCUGAACCGGUACCUGAGCAGGAUGGUGUUUGA